CAUUUCAUCUUUCCCUGCAUCAACAGAUGACAUGCGUGACAAAGUAGCCUUUGACAAUAGUGGUGACCAUCAAAACAGGUUCAACUUGUCUUUCUCACAAUACCUGUGAGCCUGUAUGUUCUAAAGUUUAAUGUGCAAAGAAAGCUCCAGUAAAUAUUCUCUUCUCCCAGAAGACUAAUUUAAACUACCCCGAGUGUAACAGUUGUUGUUAUAGAGAUGGGACAAUGUUACAUACACUGAGUUUCUCACAACAUUUCACUGUACAAACGAGCUGCUGGACUGUUUCUAACAUCUUACAGAACCUUUAGAAAGUCUUCUUCCUCCUAAAACUUUAUGUUUUCGUUUGUUUCUUAAUAUUUGUUUAUUUUUAGAGGUUGAUAUAAUUAGAAUUUCUGAAUUUCUUUGACAAGCUCCAAACCCCAAGUGACAUUAUGUGUGGAAUUUGAAUUGUUUUGGGAAAUUUCACUUUUGUAAACUGGGCCCCUUUGGACAUCACCUUGAAGAAGACAAAAAGUUAUCCAGUGCAAUGGACAUAAACAAACUUAAAGAUGUCAUGCGUGGUAAAGAGACCACUCUUCCAUCAAAACCAUCCAAUGCUGUGCGCAUAUUCAUAAGCUCUACAUUUUCAGAUAUGGCAGAGGAACGUGAUGCACUGAUGGAACUGGCCUAUCCUGAAAUACAGGCAUUCUGCCAGAAGAAUGGGCUUACUUUUGAGGUGGUUGACAUGCGCUGGGGUGUCCGAGAUUAUGCCACUGUGGAUCACAUGACAACAGAACUGUGUCUGAAAGAGAUAGAAUCCUGCAGCCGAAUAUCAAUGGGUCCCUUUCUUAUUGCCAUGAUUGGAGAACGUUAUGGCUUCAGACCCAUCCCUCGAAUUAUUAGUGAGGAAGAAUUCAGCAUCCUAUACAACAAGGUGCAGAAAGAUCAAUCUGACGCUCAGCUCCUGACUCAGUGGUUUUGGAAGGACACAAAUUCGGCCCCUCCCAUUUUCAUCUUACAGCCCAUCACAACUCACCUAAUCCACUAUGCUGAUACCAACCCAGUCCAUAAGGAUCUACAGGCGGAGGACAUAAAAAAGUGGAAAAAGAUGGAAAGCCAGCUCUCCCAGGCUCUACGAUUAGCUGCUACUGAGGCAGAAAAAGAAGGGCUUAUUACACCAGAACAAAAACACAAAUAUUUUAAAUCAGUUACUGAAUAUGAAAUUGAAUAUGGCUUCUUAGCCUCCAAAGCCAGUAAGUCAGGGUCCACUAUCAUCUUCCGAGAGGUAAAGGAUAUGGACUAUUGUAAGGACAAGUUCCAUCAACUUAUUGAUGUCAGGGAAGAUGGAAGCUCAGACAAAGAGGCUCAGGAACUUCUAGGGGACCUGAAGGAAAGGAUACUUCGGGAUCAUCCAGACCAAGUAAAGAGACACGUGGUUGAGAUGAGCAAAGAGAAGUCUAAGUGCUCCUACCUACAGGAACUUUGUGGUCAAGUAAUUACUGUGGUCAGUCAUCAGAUACUAAGCUGUCUGCCCAAUACACCAACAGACCACCCAGAACCAGAGGUACAUAUGCCUUGGCUAGGAUGGCUAAUGCAGGAGGUCACUCACCAUUUGACCAUGUCUCGUAUGAAAUCUGAAAUCUUCUGUGGGCGCCAGGAGCUGCUGCAGUGCAUCAUGAGCCAUGUAAAAGAUGAUCAUGUUUGCUCACCCCUUGUAAUCUAUGGAGCUUCAGGAUCUGGAAAAACAGCACUGUUGUGCAAAGUCUUUGAAAUUCUGAGAUUAGCUGCACCUAGUGAUGGGGGACCCACGUUGAUCCUACGACUGCUGGGGACAUCGCCUCAAAGCUCAGAAAUCCAUGAUGUCCUCAAGAGUAUUUGCUACCAGGUGUGUUUAUCACUAGACCUGUCACUUCCAUCUGCUCAGAUCACUAACAUUUACAGCGAAACAGUGAGAUUUUUUCACCAGCUCCUUAACACAGCAUCUGAAACAAGAGCAGAGCCUCUAGUUGUCAUAUUGGACUCACUUGACCAGCUCUCCACAUCAGAAGGUGCCCACCACUUGCACUGGCUACCCAAAGAAUGCCCAGCCAAUGUGCAUAUUAUAGUAUCCACAUUACCCGACGAAGGAGGAAUUCUGAAUACAUUGCGGGAGUUUAUCCCAGACCCACAAUCUUUCCUGGAGGUACAGCCACUCUCUCCUGAACAAGGUGGACAGAUGAUUGAGAUGCUCCUGUCUUCUGUUGGGCGAAAGCUCACCACUGCUCAGCUUGACAUUGUCUUAAGCAGCUUCAAGAUGUGUGGGCAGCCCCUGCAACUCAGACUAGCUUUUGAUGAGGCCAAAAGGUGGUCUUCUUACACAUCACCCUCAGAACUCAAGAUUGCCACCAGCACAAAAGAUGCAGUGCACCAGCUGUACCAGCGACUGGAACAGAUUCAUGGGAAAAUACUAGUAUCACAUGCCCUUGGUUAUAUUGUAACUUCUAGGAGCGGACUUUCAGAGGCAGAGCUGAAGGAUGUUUUGUCAUUGGAUGAUGAUGUUCUAGCGGAUAUAUACCAAUACUGGGCUCCUCCUAGCAAUGAUGUCAUUAAAUUCCCCUCCCUAUCUUGGACUCGUCUACGCCUUGACUUAGAGGGGUAUUUAGUGGAGAGGCAAGCAGAUGGGAGUACAGUACUAGGCCUUUACCAUAGACAAUUUAUUGAAGUGGUUCAAGACUCCUACCUCACUGUCACAGAGAAGGCCAAGAGACACUAUACUCUUUCUGAAUACUUUAUGGGAAAGUGGAGUCAGGGAACCAAACGUCCAAUUCACUUACCACUUAUCAAAAAGUACAUGGAUGCUGACAGAAAGGUAGCCCCGCAGCCCUUGUGGUUCUCUGAUGAUGUGCCCAACCUGAGAAAAAUGAGUGAACUUCCUUAUCAUUUGCUGAAAGCAGAACGCAUAGAGGAUCUGCAGAGAGACAUUUUAGGUAACCUGAACUGGAUCGCCAGUAAAAUUGUCUCAUGUGGCAUUAAUAGUGUUAUCAAAGACUUUGAGAUGUCUGUUGAAUAUGUUGGAAACAGCGAGUUAUACCUUGUACGUGAUGCCUUGCGUCUCUUCCAACCCACCAUAAAUUUCAUUGAAGGUUCUGUCGACCCUUGCAUAAUAUACACAGAGAUUUUAGCAAGGCUGCACUUCUUUCAGCAGUCCUGUCCAUCGGUGAUCGGUGAAAUGUGCAGGCAGUGUUUGGCAUGGUUUGACAAAUAUCCAAAUCCCACUUUCAUCCCAAUGUGUGGCUUCUUCCAGCCUCCUGGUGGACCUUUGCAGACAACUAUUACCGGCUUUCAAAAAGGUGUCACUGUCAUGGAGCUCUGUCAUGAUCAGGAUCUUCUUGUGGUGGGUUCUGAAGAUGGAACAAUGAUAGUGUGGAACAUCAAGGACAUUGAGGUCAUUCACACUUUGAUUGGCCACUCAGCUUCAAUACGAUGUGCAAAAGUAUUUGGAAGCGGAACCCGUGCAGUUUCUGGCUCUAUGGACCACACUUUGCUUCUCUGGAACUUGGUAACUGGAAAGACAUAUCUGUCCAUUCAUGAAGACCAUACAGUCUAUGAAAAUGCUUAUCUACACGUGGAUGAGAAAAUGGGGUUUAUAUACUCAGCAGCUGGGUCUCAGGUCAAUGUGUGGCAUAUCGAAUCAGGAGAUCCUGUUCUAUGCCUGUCACCAGGAGUUCCUGGCUUCCCAGUGCAAGUAGCAGUGCUCUCCCCACAGCAGCUCCUAAUUACCGUAACAGAAGGUGGCACAGUUCAUCUUUGGGACAGUUCUACGAGGGAACUACGGGGAUCACGGCAGCUCCCAGGCGUGUUUGGAAAGGCAGCAGAUCCAGUCUGCAGCUGUGUUAUUCCCAGGCAUGGCAAAAUGGUUGUUGGGUUCAAAAAUGGCGCCUUGGCACUUAUUUCCUCGGGUGGUGGUGUCUCAACAGAGAUGAUGCCAAGUGCUUUGACCUUUGUGGUGGUCGCUGAUGAUGAGUCCCUGUUUGCAGCAGGAUUUGGGAAGCAAGUUCAAGUUUUUCUUGCUGAUUCCAAUGCAUUCAGGACUUUUCUGUCUUCAUAUCUCGAGCAUGAUGAUAUAGUGGAAUCCGCUGUCUUCAACAGUGAAAAAGAUAUUAUAGUCACUGGAUCAAGAGAUGAAACCAUCCGGAUCUGGAGUUUAUCUCAGAGAGGGGCUCUGUUGGAUACACUACAUGGUAUGGGAGUGCCAGUCAAUGCAUUAGCAAUAACAGGCAGGACAAUAAUCUCCUCUUCAUGUAGUGCUUACUAUCUAAAGCUAUGGAACAUGGAUUAUGAUAAGCAGCACAAGACAGUUCCCCCAUUCCAAGAUCGCAGUGGCUGUGUUGCUGUUUCAGAUGCAGGAAAACGGGUGUAUUUCCCAAGAACUGGAGACAAACACAAGAUUGCUGUCUGGGACUCUGAAAAAGGUCUGAUGGCUAAUAUUCUGGAGGCCUCAUCAAAUGUGACCUGCUUGGAAGUUGCCGAGUGCAAAAGAGUUCUAUUCUGUGGGCUCAGCUCAGGCACAGUUUUAGCAUUUCCUUUGGACCAAACACAAGAUGUGGCUUGCAUCCCCCCACCUGAUCACAAUUUGCCUGUGCUUUGUCUAUCAUUGAGCAAAUGUGAGAGCAAAAUGGCUGUGGCUUACCAAAGCUUUGUACAUUUAUAUGAUGUUACAAGAGGGGACCCUAUACCAACUUUGGAAGGUCCCAUAGGCUCAGUCCAUGUAAUGGAUUCCAUUUCUGUGUGCCAGGUGGCAGCCCUAGGAGAUGGAAGACUUUUUUAUGGUACAUCACAGGGGGAACUUUACCUUUUAAACAGCGAAAAAGAAGAGGGCCUGUCCUUGGGGUCACACAGAAGUAAAAUCACAUGCUUGGAAAUAAGUAACAAGGAAAUGUAUGCACUUAGUGGCUCUGAGGAUGCAAUCCAGCGUCUUUGGAAUCUGCAGACCGGUGAAUGGGAGCAUGAGAUGUGUUACAAGGGCUUCUUUUUUCAUGGUAUUGACUGUGCCUGCUUCUCACCAGAUGACCGAUAUAUUUAUACAGGGUCAAAGGACAGAGCCAUAAAAGUAUGGGAUGUUUCAAACGGUUCCCUCCUGGCCGUACAGUAUGUCUAUGCAACCGUUACCCGUAUUAUUCCUACCAUUGAUGGGUUUAUUGGUACCACAAGGCUUGGGUAUGUCAUCCGGGAACGGUUCCAAUGCCCACGCAGUAUCAACCCUAAAUAUAACCCUCUGCAGAACAUCAAAGCAUCAUGUACGGUGAAUUCCAUGAAAUCCAGGGACACCCAGCAUAAAGCUGCAAUGACUUCAAAGAUAAAAAAGUCACGGUGGAGAUGUGGGGAUCAAACAAAAAGAUCACAAAUAUGUCACAUUGUAUAACCAUGAUAAUCAGUGGCUUCAUUACUAAAUACCAUUCUUGUCAAAUAAAUUGUUUAUAAAAAGA